UCCUUUUCGCAUUUUACCGGUUCGUAAACUGCUUUAUUUCUCUUAUUGUGAAUCGUCAUCAUGUCACAAGUACGGCCGAGGUUUGUGCUUCUGACAAUAUGGAUGAUCUAACACGGUCUCUUGCUACAAACUGGACAGUCAGCAACCGGCCUAACACGACAGAUGCUCAACAUCCACGAUACACCCUGUAUAAAGUAAAAAGCAACACCCCUGAUCAAUUGGAAAGAAGGAGAAGGUUCCUUGAGGCACAGAAAAAGAGACGCUUUGAUGCUGUUGCUCACAUAAGAAACAUAGGCGCUGACAGUUGGGAGAAAGAAGAUGGGGGUGAGGAUGAAGAAGACAUGGAGAUGGAGGGUGUGGCGAAGCCCGGGAGGCAUUAUCAAAAUCAGUUGAUGUUAUCAGAGUGGUUGAUGGAAGUGCCUGAAGAUCUCCCCGAAGAAUGGUUGAUGGUUCCUUGUCCUAUUGGUAGAAGGUCUCUUAUUGUCUGCUCUGGGGGUACUACCUACCAUUACACCAAGGGUGGUUACUGUAUGAAUAAAUUUCCAUCUCUUCUACCUGGAGGAAGUCGCAAGGGAAAGGCUGGCAGAGAGUGUACCAUCUUGGAUUGCCUGUAUAGUGAGAUUGAUAGGACGUACUAUAUUCUUGAUGUGAUGUGCUGGAAUGGUCUGCCUGUUUAUGAUAGCGAGACCGAGUUUAGAUUCUACUGGAUUCACACAAAGUGCCAGGAAGUUCCGGACAUAUCUGAAAUAUCUAGAAUAAACCCUUACAAGUUUUCACCUCUCCCAAGUUUCCCUUGUACGAAGCAUGUGAUGACUUCAUGUAUGGCUAUGCCACUGAGAUUUGAGCUUGAUGGUGUGUUAUUCUACCACAAGAGGACCCACUACACGUUUGGCUCAACUCCCCUUGUCGUCUGGUUGAAGCCAUUCAUGUUACCUGACGUCCUGGAUGUCCCCGUACCAAAGGAAAUGAUGGAUAAAAGACCAUAUAACUAUACAAGCUAUGUCCAUCACCUUCAAGCAGUGAGGCAGGAGAAUCAGCUGAGAUCGUAUGAGAAAUCAGCGAGGAAGUCUCCUGGACGGAGGAAGGGGAAGAAGAAGAGUAUGGGGGAGGGGGAGAUGGAGGUAGCAGAGGGCGCUAAAGAGGAUGCGGGUGUGGUUAAGAUGGAGGCAACCGUCAUUGAGACGAGUCCAGAAGAGGCUGAGGAAGUGAAAGAAAUCGGUGCUAUUGUCGUAACUCCUGAGGUAGCUGAACCUGAUGCUGGUGAUAUGGAAGUUAGUGAGGUUACUGAGGUGCCAAAUGGUGAUCAGAAAACUGAGGGUCCUGAUGCAAAACCUAAGCAAAAGAACAAAAAUAAGAACAGAAAUAAGAAGAAAAAGUGAGUGAUGUUGUGUUGUGACUUAAUGCUUUCUGGUUUAAAAGGUUUGGAGGCUACUUUAAGCAGAGGACUGACUUUUCGUUCCGUAUUUGAAGGAUUUCCGAGAUGUGUUCCAAAGUGUGUAGUCAUGUGGCCCUCCAUGCAGGACAGCAGUAUUUUUGCAAGGGGGCAUAGGAUUAUAGAAAUGCCUUUUGUUCUUGACUAGAAAGUGCAAAGCACAGAUUCAGAGACAAUUCCACCAAACUUAGUAGAUCAAAUAAUUCCAUGGGUUUUUGACAUCUCUUUUCUACCAGAUACGUUGUGAUAGAUUUUUGUAAUAGUUGUUGUGAUUGAUGCUGAUAGCAAAUGAGUCAAAUGGUUGUCUUAUUUUGUCAAUUUGUGUCUUGAUUAGUUGGAAUGAAAAACUAUUUAUCACAUAGAUUUCAUGUAAAAUUGAAGUACAUGCUUUAUAACAUCACAGUUGAGUUACAAUUAGUUGGCUCAGUAGUAUACAACUGGGUGUGGGAUAAUGUUUUACAGGUCUUUAUGGGUUUCAAAAAAGGGGUGUCUUGAUUUUGAUCAGGGGUAUGAUGUGCUGUAUAUUCGCUGCAAAGUGACACUUCUAAUGUCCAUGGUGACUCACUCAUUCUAUAGCAAUCGGCGUACAUGUAAUUAUCUCAAAUAUUACUUCUUUCAUUGCCAGACUGUCCAUGGUCAUGUUUUUUAUCUGUUGAAUUGUACUUGCGUUGUGAGAGAUUUCAGAAUGUGAUGUAAACAGUUACCGGUUCUUCCCAAGUGUUCAUUAAAUAUAUCACAUCAUCAGUC